AUGUUGGUAGCAGUUAUUUUAAGUAUUCUCAUGGGUGGUGCAAUAUACUUGUAUAAGUUAAUAAAGCCACCUCCUCCAAGAAGAUGUGGUUCAGUGAAUGGUCCUCCUGUUACUUCACCAAGAAUCAGACUUAGUGAUGGAAGGUACUUAGCAUACAAAGUCCGAGGAGCAACCAAAGAAAAUGCAAAAUACAAAGUAAUCUUGAGUCAUGGUUUUUUUGCCUCAAAAGACACUUAUAUUCCUUUGUCAGAUGAAUGGUUGCAAGAGUUGAGCAUAUUUCUGGUAACAUUUGAUAGAGCAGGACACUCUGAAAGUGAUCCAAAUCCUGGUCGUUCUCCAAAAAGUGAUGCUCUUGAUAUUGAAGAACUUGCUGAUUAUUUAAAGCUUGGCACAAAGUUUUAUGUCAUUUCACUUUCGAUGGGAUCUUACAUUGCUUGGGGAUGUUUCAAAUACAUUCCUCACCGGCUUGCAGGUGUGGCAUUGGUAGUUCCGGUCGUUAAUUACUGGUGGCCGUCACUUCCAGCUAAACUAAGCAACAAAGUGUUCAACAAACUACCGUUGCUUGAACGAUGGAGACUAAGAUUCAUUCAUUAUGCCCCUAAAUUUGCAUGGCUGUUACAACAACGUUUACAACUCCCUACUAUUGAUCUUAUUCUGAAGGAGAACCCCAAAAUUUUUAACAAAAGUGAUUUGGCUAUCGUGAAACUCUUGUCAGAAUUACCUUCUUCUGAUAAGGGAAAAGUAGAGCAACAAGGUAUAUAUGAGUCCAUGUACCGGGACUUUGUGGUAGCAUUCGGGUCUUGGGAAUUCGACCCAUUAGAAAUGCCCAACCCGUUUCCAGAAAUAAAUAGCUCAGUUCACCUUUGGAUUGGGGACGAAGAUGGGAUGGUUUCAAGAGAGCUACUACAACAUGUUGCAAAAAGACUGCCAUGGAUAUGUGCACAUCAAGUUCCUGAUGCUGGUCAUCUUAUCAUUCAUGAUAAAAACAUCUGUGAAAUGAUCUUCAAGUCUCUUGUGUUUGGAGAUAAUCCUUCUUUGGAGUAG